CGGUUCCUAAGCUAUUUAGCCAAUGGCUGGAAAGAGAGGAACACCGGCACCAUUUGCGUUUCCAUUUCAUAUGGACGGAUAUCAUUUUACAUGACAAACUAUGGUGAAGAAGGCACUCAUUUUGGUAGCGCGGCUGCUCUGUUGCCUGAAGAUGUAAUGUUCGCCCAGUACCGUGAGGCUGGUGUGCUGAUGUCAAGAGGCUUCACAAUAGACGAAUACAUGAGCCAGUGCUUUUCUAAUCGGAAUGACAAUAGAAAAGGACGACAAAUGCCAGUUGAUUAUGGUUCUAAAGAUCUUAACUUUGUUACUAUUUCAUCCCCCCUUGCUACUCAGAUGCCACAAGGUUAGUAAGUGUUAACUGUGUUAUGUUAAGGUUACCUUUGAAUGUCAAACAUUAGAUUGUAAAUUACUAGUAACAACAGUACGAUGCAAGUUAAGGUUAAGAGAUACCUGAAAUUAAAUGAGAUUUGUCUGUGUACAGCCGCCCUUAAAUGAGGUCCACGUUUAUUUAAGUAGUCACUACGUGAUCACAUGUUUUGUGUCAUAGGGCAUGACAAAACUUGUAAUACGAGCGCGAAAAUAAAGUAGAACCCCAAUAACUAGAACUCGGAUAACUCGAACUCCCUGCUAACUCGAAGUAAGUCCAGUUUCCCUUGGAUUUCACCUACUUUUCAGUCAUGUUUACUUGGAUAACUCGAAUUCCCUUCUAGCUCUAACUAAUUCAUUUCCCUUGAUUCACUGAAGUUUACCCCGAUAACUCGAAUUCUGGUUCUUGUAACUCCACUCGGAUGCCAGCCCAUUAGCUCUUCUUUUUGUAAAAUCAGUAAAAACACUUAAACUAACUCUGGUCAACGAACAGAUCACAUUUUAUCAUUUAAAAAAUUGCCCAAUUAUGUUACCUUUUCUGAUAAAAUAAAGUGAUUUUGCUUAACCCGUGAAACAGGUCGUAGAAUACUACGCGCUAUUACGCACUAAUCCCAUUGUAUUCUUUUGUGUACCUCUUGCUGUUUUGCACUACUUGACCUACUUGUUAUUAUCUGUUUCACGGUUCAAGUAAAAUCACUCCGAGGCUUUAUGGUCAUUUUUCUAUAUUUAGUUUGGUUUUCUUUGUGCUCAAGUCUCUUCUGGGAAUUGCGACAUAAUGGAGUCGUGAAAAGUUUGCAAUUUUGGCCCUAAAGCCUCGGAGUCAUGUUAGAACUUUAUAUACAUGGAACGUGGGCUAUGGUAAAUCUCAAAUCUCCCCUAUCGUCCCCGACCUAUGUUAGGUAAUCCAAGACAAACUUGGAUUCUGGAUUUCACAAGCUGUGGUUCCGGAUUCAUUGUCAUAUGAGCUUGGGUUCGGGAUUGGAUUCCUUAAGAUGAAUUGCGGAUUCCAAGGCCCAUGAUUCCGGAUUCCACAUGCAAAAAUUUCCCGGAUUCUGGAUUACUUUACAUGCGACGACUCUGACAAUAUCUUUCUGUUUCAGCAGCUGGAUAUGCCUAUGCAAUGAAAAGAGCCGGCACUGGAAACUGUGUCAUCUGCUACUUUGGUGAAGGAACUGCAAGCGAAGGAGAUGCACAUGCAGCAUUCAAUUUCGCUGCAACUCUGGAAGCACCUGUUGUUUUCUUCUGGUAAUGUUCAACAUAACGAUAGUUAAAAAGCUUACACACAAUCUGAGUUGUGAAUUUGGCAAUCAUGGAAAAUGUAGUUUUGUAGGUAGAGGCGUGUUACCGAUUGGCUUCCCCAGUUUCUUGCGGACGAGACGUUGAAAGGGUCUGGGUUCGAUUUUCGACUGAACCAACACUCAGGGUCUUAACUGAAAUUAUAGAUGAAGAAUGUGUUGCCUGCCUCUACGCGGGCAAAAUACAGAUGGGUUAACAAUCUAGUCUACUUAGAAUCUUAGAAAAGUACUAAAAACCGUAGUUUCUCUUUAAAAUAACCCACACAGUGAUUUGGCCUUUGUGGCACGUAAAAUAACCCACGUUGUUGUUCGAAAAGAGAACAGGACGUAGACUACCGUGGUGACCAACCGUUUAUGGGAACAUGAAGAUGAAAAACAAGAUUAGAGUAGUCGAGUGAAUAGCGUUCAGUUAUUUGGAGUGCCGAUUUCAAAGAUUCUGCGGCUUUCCAUUUCGGCUACAAUGAUUGAGAAGAUUAAAAUGGAGCGCGGCAUGCUUUGAUGCAUCUUAGUUUUCCUUUCUAUCGACUUCUCGAAGAUGUUUGCGGACCUACUUUUCUGUCUGUUUUUUUAAUGACAGUAACAUUUUAUUACCCGGAAAAAUAGCAGCCUCUCAUCGCAAUACGUCGCUGGGAAACGUCCACGGGAAGACGGAGGGCAAUGAGAGCAUAGAAUUGAUCUGCAAACUUCAGAUUUCAACCAGUUAGGCCUAGGCCAAAUGUCAAACUUUCAUGAGACGAGCCAAACUCUAAUUUGGCUCGACCUAAAUUAAGUUAAGAACGUCUGUGGGGUCAGACGUCAAACUAAGGGCGCGUCGAGCCAAUCAACUGAAACAGACCCAAAAGCAAUUUUGAUAAAUUUUCUCCCCAACGAGGCUAAAUAUACAUUAUGAUACCAUUUUCUACCUUCGGUCUUUUGUGAUUAGAUGUUAUUGAGAAUAUAUACUGAAAUUGGAGGUCUCUUCAUUGAGCAGCUUUUUCUCUUCUCUGUAUCAACAGUCGUAACAAUGGUUAUGCAAUAUCUACUCCUACGGAUGAGCAAUACAGAGGGGAUGGAAUAGGUGAGUAUACCUUAGGUCAGUCGUACCAAAGCAAAAGCUCAUGGCAGUCUUCUUGAACGUUUUUAAUUAUCACUGUUGUGUUUUGCUCCUUAAUAUUUUUUUUAACAUUUAUAUUGACAAUUACCUCUUAACCUCUUUCCAGCAAGAAUGGCUAAAGUAGAAAUUUAAUACAAUUUCCACAUUUCGUCUUGUGAAAUGAUGAAAAUAGUACCAUGUGAAAGUAACGCAAAAUAGGUUUCAUUUGAGUAUAGUUACACCAUUAAUCUGAAAUGUCAGUCGUCUCUUUGCACCAGCAACCUCUUCCCCCCGCCCCUAAACGGGCGGCCCGACGAACCAACUUACCAUUUACGCAAAAGUUUUUGACGUCACGGGAAGACAUUAGAGAGAUUAACAUUCACGUUUACGACAAACGGCAAACGUCAGAUUCAAGUUGAGAAUUUCUCAGAGAGAAAAAUAAGCAGAUGAAAACUGUCCAGAACACCUCUUAUGGAGAAAACUGGCUUGAAACUACUCAUCUUGGGGUAGAAGUAAUAAACAGUAAACGACAAUUAAGGGGGAAACUAGGUCACGUGGUGCAAAUUCACGUUUGCCGUUUGGCGUAAACGUGAAUCUUAAUCUCUUUAUUCGUGAACUUACGCAACAGGACGGCAGAGGAAAGAAGACGGCAAACCUUGUGUGACAAGAGUGACAAUGAUUUUGUUUGAAAUAACGUUUCGCCAAACUUCACUUUCCUUUAAACAGAUCUUUUUGUAAAAGACCACAAAAAAAAUUGAUGUUAGGGACGAUCACGACAAAAUACGCACGUAAUAGCCUAAGUAAUAGCCUUGUCACGUUUGUCACGCGCAUGCGAUUUGCCGUCCUCUUCUUCCUGCUGUCCUGUUAUCCAGUCUCUCGCCUGGCCGCCCAUUUGUGGGUGGGGGUGGGGCAAAGAGACGACGGACAUUUCAGACUAUUUCACUAUUACAGGAUUUUGUCCACAAAUACAAAAGGUAAAGCAACCUUACAAGUGUAAAGAAUAAAAUGAAUUAAAAGUUUGCACAGUCAUCACAUCCCAGUGUUUCCUGAACUGUGAAAGGUAAAACAUAUUGUAUCCUUUAUUUUAAGCUGGGCGUAGCAGGGGCUAUGGGAUGAUGGCUAUUCGAGUGGAUGGCAAUGAUGUGUUUGCGGUUUAUAACGUUACCAAAGCAGCACGUGACAUGGCAGUAAAUCAACAGAGACCUGUUUUGAUUGAAGCCAUGACUUACAGGUAAGAUAAAGAAGACGCUAAUUUACUCGUUUUAGAAGUGCUACUGAGUUCCAUCUCCGCCAUAUCGCUUACCUAUAUACUUUUGGAAACUGUCAGAAGAAGGAGAUAAUAUUUUUUGAAAGUCUUUAAAAACAGUUGUUUUAGAGAAAAUAUCUGGGUUUCUAAGGAUAAAACAAAUUGCGCAAUAUACUAUUCUGUGCGUUCCUUCGAGAUGAUUCGGAGCAAGAUCGGUGAUCCGAGAUCCGAGGUCACUGCCAUCAUGGUGUCUCCAAUGCUCUGAUGGAUACAUUCAGGUCAAGAAUUCACCUCUUCCUUGAAUGAAGCUGAUCCAGGUGAUCUCGGAUCACUAAUCAUAAUCAAAAUCUACCUAAAGGAACGCAACCUGUGAGGUCAUCUAAUGUGGUUCGGUGGUGUACCUUAGGUGCCGUGGGUGGAAUAGAAAAAAGGAGUUAUCAGUCCACACUAUAUUACUUAUGUCGGCUUAUUAACGCAGAAUUCAUCGUUUCGUGCUAUACUACUUAUGUUGAAUGCAAAAUCGGGUGUAAAUAGUUUGCACUAUACUACUAUGUCGACUAAGAAAAAGAUGGGAAUAACCGCUGACUCGCGCUAUAUACUCCUUAUGUCCCUUUUUCAAAACAGGAGUAAACGGUUCGUGAUACACUACUUUUGUUAAGUCUGGAAUCGGGGGUAAGCUACAUACGUCGACUAAGAAAAUAAUGCGUGCAGCCGCCUGCUUGCUCUAUACUGAUGACGGCUUACAAAAAAAACCAAGAGUAAUAUUUUCGCGCCAUAUUACUUUGUCGGCUUUUCAAUUAAAAUUACUCAAAAUCCCUUCUAAAGGACUGGAGAUCACAGCACUAUGGCGAGUGAUGAUAAAGCAAUGCACCGCUCAUCAAAGGAAGUCGAUUACUGGAAAACAGAACUCAAUCCAAUUGUGAGGCUUAGGUAAGUAAGCAAAAGUUUAUCAAAGUUCCUAGCGUCAAAACCGUGUUGUCUACUUUCUUAGAUUUCUAACCAAUGGGUCACUUGUCUCACGCAAUAUCGAGGACUAAGGAGCUUUCGGUCAUUCUCAUGAAAGAUCAUGCAUCGUGUGUCAUUGAUGGGAACGCCAACCUAAUAUGAACAAGGUUGUCCAGAAAAUUUGAAGUGGAAGAAGAAAAACAUUAACAUCAACUGAUUAGAUCGAAAGGCUCGUCUUGGGGCUAACCCCUUUCAUUGGGGAAGUCAGGGAGCCUCCUCUCAUUUUGGAGCUCUUAGAAAGUGUGCUGUUCUGAAAGUAUAUGUGCCGUGCUGAAAGUAUCUCUCACUCGUUCGCUUCGCUCACUCGUGAGAGAUACUUUCAGCACUCGAAGAUAACAUUCGUAUCCCCAAGCGCCCAUGCAAUAUCGUCUAUUUCUUUGGCACAAGAAGAGGCAGAAAACUUUUUGAAGUUAAUUCGUUUUUUGACUAUUCCUUCUUUUCAUCGUCGUUUCGUCUUGAGUUACUUUAACGCCGUACGAUCCUGUUUGAAGCUAUCACCCCAGCCAGCAUUUUCAAAGGGUAUCCACUUUGCAUUGACGGAAUAUAUCUCGCAGGGUUUCUUGGGUCAUAAUAAAUGACAAAACUCAAAUGUUACACGAUUUUCAUUUACUACUAGACGAUACAUGGAGAACAAAAACUGGUGGAACAGUGAAGUGGAAGAAGAGUGGAAACAAGAUUCUCUUCACCAAGUCAUGCAAGCACUCUCAAGAGCUGACAAAGCAUUAAAACCGCCUGUGAGAGAUAUGUUUACUGAUGUGUAUGACAAGCUACCGUCUCGCUUGCAAAAACAACACCAAGAAUGCAUGAACCAUGUCGCCAAAUACCCGCAUGAAUAUCCCACUGAACUGUAUGAGAAUUAA